AUGCUCAUCUUUGAUUCUCUCGACCAGGUUAUCUUAGGGGGAUUGGCUCUUUCUGUAGCUGCCCACAUCGUCAAGUUCGUUUCGAAGCCGGAGAAGAGCCUGGAGGAGAAGGCUAGAUCGUCCGACAACAUUUCCCAUGUUAAGCCUUCCAUCAAAGAAGCCUUAGAAGGGAACAAGAAGGACUAUGCUGUUCUGUAUUCUUCCCAAACAGGAACUUCACAGGAUUACGCUUCCAAGUUCGCCAAAGAAUUAUCAGCACGCUUUGGCUUGAACGUGUUGCUAGGAAACUUACAAGACUAUGACUUCGAAGACUUGAAUAAGUUAGGUGAGAACACCGUUGUUUCAUUCUUCAUUUCUACUUAUGGUGACGGUGAAUUUGCCGAUGAUGGCUUUGACUUCGAGCAAUACCUUUCGAGCAGCCCAGAUCUAUCGAACCUGAAGUACACAUUGUUUGGAUUUGGUAACUCAUCAUAUGAUUAUUUCAAUGGGGCGUGUAAGAAGGCUUCUCAAUAUCUGGAGCAGAGCAAAGCUAACCUAAUUGGCAGUGUGGGACUGGCUGAUGAUGGGGAAGAGACUGUUGACGAGGACUACUUGAACUGGAAGGUUGAGGUAUUUGAUCUGAUCAAGAGCUUCCUCGGGCUGACAGAGCAUGAGUUCAAGUUCGAAUCAGCUCUUAAACUGGAACAAUUGUCAUCACCACCAGCUAAGCUGUUUCUUGGUGAACCUGACAACUCAUACCUAAAUGAGAAGACAGAUCUAUCCUUGGGGCCUUUUGACAAUUCUCAUCCAUACCUUGCACCAAUUGUCAAGACCAAGAACUUGUUCUCCUCGCAAAGAUCUUGUAUUCAUGUCGAGUUUGAUUUAUCGAAGACCAAUCUACGUUAUUCCACAGGCGAUCACGUCGGUGUUUAUCCAUCGAAUAGUGACGAGAAACUGGAUGAGUUCUUCCAGAUAACUGGAUUUGCAAAUAAGAGAGACUAUAUCUAUAGCAUCACGGCAAUGGACUCAACAUUCUCGCUUUCAUUUCCUACACCAACAACGGUGGAGUCUAUCUUCCGUUACUAUAAAGAGAUCAACGCCCCAGUCUCUGGAAACUAUUUGAAUACACUCAAAGAGUUUGUUCCAAACUCCAAAUGUUUGGAGACAAUUGACAGAUUGAUCAACGAUAAAGAGCUAUACCGGGAAGAGGUGUUUUCAAAGAAGUUCAACUUUGCAGAAUUGUUGUCAUACUUGUCGAACGGUGAGGUCUGGAACUCUUUGCCAUUGGAAUAUUUAAUCGAGACCUUGCCAAGUUUACACCCACGGUAUUACUCAAUCUCAUCAUCAUCGCUGGCUGAAAAGACCUCGAUUCAUAUUACAGCAGCCGUGGAAGAUGACGAGAAGAUUGGUGAUAGACGGAUCACUGGUGUCACAACUAAUCUGUUCCAUGAGCUCCAGAUCAAGCAAAAUGGAGAGGACGUCGAGCCUAUCCUACAUUAUGAUUUGCAAGGACCUAGAGGCAAGUAUGGAUCGCCAUAUAAGCUCCCUAUAUUUGUUCGUCGUUCCACAUUCAAAUUGCCCGUCAGUCUCACGACACCUGUUAUAAUGAUUGGGCCAGGCACUGGUGUCGCUCCAUUCAGAGGCUUUGUCAGGGACCGGGUUCAUAGGGUCAAGAACCAAGGACUCACUUGUGGUAAGAGCUUGCUGUUCUAUGGCUGUCGCUCUUCAGUGCAAGACUUCCUGUAUAAACAGGAGUGGGAAGACUACAAGAGAGUCUUAGGUGAUUCAUUCGAGAUGGUCACUGCCUUCUCAAGAGAGAGCGAACAAAAGGUCUAUGUCCAGCACAAGAUGAUGGAGCAUGCACAGGAGAUUGCGCGUCUCGUGGACAAGGGUGCGUACAUCUACAUCUGCGGCGAUGCAGCUAGAAUGGCAAAGGACGUCAAUAAGACACUGGUGAAGAUCCUUGUGGAGCACAGGGGUGUCUCUGAAGAGGAGGCGAAGAAGACGCUGUUGGACUUGAAGAGCGUGAGAAGGUAUCAGGAGGAUGUGUGGUGA